AUGAAAGUUUGCAGAUCAAGAUCUAGAAGCCCUUCUUUUGAAACCCCGCUGUUUCCUCUUAUUUUAGCGUUUCCAAAAAACAAAUUCACAAGAGAACUCUAUAAAAUCUUUGAAAAUGCAGUCUCGAAAUACAGAAUUGAUAGAAUUCAUGUUUCAUCAGAAACAGGCCUGGAAAGCUAUGAAGAUGGUAUUGUUUAUAUUUAUGGUCCUUCAUCAAGUGAAAAAUACUCAGUUGUCAAACUUAUAUUCAAUUUAUUUCUUAAACACCCUUAAAAGCGGGGAGAACUAUUGGAAACAAUCCAUAUUUUUGGAAAUCCCCUUUGAGAGCGAGCAAAAAAUAUUUGCUGUUUUAUAUAAAUAUUUGAUAUAUAAUUAAUAAUUGUUAUAUAUAAAUAAUAAUUUUUAUAACAGAUCUCUAACUAAUUCUAUUAAAAAUUGACAUAAAUUGCAUUCUUAAAUUAAAUUAGAUUUUUCUUUUCAAAUACUUUAAAUUUGCAUUUUAUGAUUCGAAAAAAAUUAUAUCUAUUUUAAUAUAAAUUUUAAACAUUUAAUCUCCUUUAAAACAUAAGAUUUUUCUGGCCGCUCUUAAAGGGGAGGAUCUAGCAGCCAAGAACAGCCUAUUUUAUCUUUGAAAAUUCUUGUCCCGGAUAAUAUCGUUGGGAUUUUGACAACUAAAUAUGGCAAACAUCUUCAUGGUCUGCAAUCUUAUUCUCAUGCGACUGUUAUCAUAUACAAACAAAUCCCAAAUCUAAGGGAACGGCAAAUAAAGCUUGAAGGCAGAUCAUCAGAUUUAGGCCUCGCAAUAAAGUGCAUUUACUCUUUAAUAGUAGAAAGUAGCCAUUUUUCUAGCUCCCCUCCUCCAUGAACGAACAAAAAAAUUUUGCUACCUCACGGAGGGGGUUAAAAAAAAUUAUAUUUAAAUUUUAUAGUAAUUUUUUAAAAAUCCCAAUUCGAAAUAAUUUUAAAAAACAAAUAUUGCAAGCUGUUUAAAAUUAAGCAGAAUUAGCAAGAGAUUUCUUUAUAAUCGUUCUCACUUUUAUAUAAAAAAUAUUUUUUUCAUAAUAAAUUUUUAUAUUAAAAAAAAUAUUUGUUUGCUCACGGAGGGAGGGGUUUUACCCAAAAAAUAGUAAUUUUUCCAAUGGUUUGUUUGCUAAUGGAGGGGGAGGAGCAAGCCAAAAUCUCCAGCUGAUCAUAGAAGUGUACAAUUUGUUAUUCCAGAAGAAUGCGCUAAAUAUAUCAUAGGCAAGCAUGGAACGUUUAUCAAAUGAAUAAAAACAGAGUUCAAUGUAAAAAUUAAAGUUAUAAAAAAUGAAGAAAAAUUUUCUAAGGGCAAUGAACAAGUUGUGGUAAAUACUAUGUAUUCUAAAUUAUAUAAAUUGCUUAAUAAAUAUUGCAUAACAUAAACCGUGAUCUAUUUUUAAUAUCUAUAAAAUAUAGAAUUAGCCUAUAUCGCAAAAAAAAAUGCUGACCUAAUAUGGCAUAGAUUCUCCUCGGUGAAUCAUCUCAGGUUAAAAAAUCAUUGAAUGUUAUAAUAGAUAGAAUAAUUCAAGGAAUCAAAUCAAUUUACAGUUCUAGUGAUUUAGAUUUAAAAAUGCUAAUUCACAAAGACACAAUUAAGGAUUUUAAUCGUAUUUUUAAAGAUGCUGCUAGGAAAUCUGGAACUAGAAUAAAUGCAAUUAAUGAAGCAGAUGGUGAUGCUUGAAAAUUAAUUGCUAUUAAUGGAAUACUAGAAGCAAAAAUAGACGCUGCAGAAAAAAUUUUGGAUUAUAUUACCAAUGGUAAUUCUUAG